AAAUAGCACCUUCUACGCGAUAUGAAGCGCCCAAAGUACGGCAACACGCCAAGAUGUCGUCUUCACGCAGCACAACACCUGAUCGAGGUAUUUAGCAGCAAGCAUGAGAACCGGUGUUCGCAACUCAUCUGCACACUGUCCGGCCGACACUUGGUUGGAUGUUGUGUGGAGGGCAGCGAUCUGAGAGACACGGUCUGAACUUGAUCAGGUUAACGCCUGCGAAAGGACUUCAUGCUUUGCGACUCCAGAUGGGAGACUGCUACUGACUGGCAUAGCAGCCACCUUCACCGGCCCCUCAUGACGAACCCGAUCGAUGCGCCGAAUAUGCCACAUGGAGCAAACGAUGUGGAUAAUGAGAAAUCUAUACAAGCAGCCUUUGCGCCCAGUGUACACGAUGCGCUACCCACCGAUGAGCACCCGUCAAAGAGCACUGGCGGGCUGAAGCAAGUGUGGAGGCGCUUUGAAAGACAAUUAGUCGCGUACAAUCUCGAAGCGCGCGGCAUCCAGCGCGUAGAAGACCACGAGCGCCAGGAUCUAAGAGCACUAGGCUAUUCGCAGGUCGCAAUCAUGUGGUUUAGCGUCAAUCUCGCGGCGAACAACAUCACGUUAGGCAUGCUAGGCCCAGCUGUCUUUGCUCUCGGAUUCCUGGACAGUGUGCUGCUGAGCAUAUUUGGUGCCUUGGUGGGCUCAGUGAUGGUGGCGUAUAUCGCGACGUUUGGGCCGAAGAGCGGGAACCGGACGAUGAUUUUCUCGAGAUACAGUAUGGGAUGGUGGCCGAGCAAGAUCGUGGUGGUGCUGAAUAUCAUUGUGUUGCUGGGUUAUGGGAUGAUUGACUGCGUUGUCGCGGGGCAGAUUCUCUCUGCUGUGUCUGGCGAACGCAUGUCUGUGGUGGUCGGCAUCGUCAUUGUUGCGGUCAUUGCGUGGGCGAUCACUACCUUUGGGUACCAGAUCUUUCACUACUACGAGCGCUGGGCGUGGCUGCCGCAGCUUAUCGUGCUGUGUAUCCUUGCCGGCGUCGCGGGGCCACAUUUCAACAUCUCCGCCGAGUCGCAAGGUGAUGAGAACCCGGAUACCAUCAUCGGCAACAGAAUCAGCUUCUUCGGCCUAACGCUCGCCGCAGCUAUCACCUAUGGCGGCGGUGCUGCCGACUACUUCGUCUACUACCCCGCGCACACCUCCUCGGUCUGCAUCUUCAGCAUGACCCUCCUCGGUCUGCUGUGCAGCUUCACCUUCGCCUUCAUCUUAGGCAUUGGGCUUGCGUGCGGGAUGCUGAUCAAUACUUCCUGGGAAGCCGCAUACAGCACCUCUCAGGGUGCGCUAAUCAUCGAAGCCUAUGCGCCACUCGGCGCUUUUGGUUCCUUCUGCGGCGCCAUCGUCGCACUUGGACUCGUCGCCAACCUCAUCGUACCGACCUACAGCUCUGGUAUUGACGCACAGAUUCUCGGACGAUGGGCCGGCGCGGUGCCGCGUGUGAUAUGGAAUACGGUGGGCGUUGUUAUAUACACCGUCUGCGCGCUAGCAGGGCGUGCACAUCUCGCCGAGAUCUUCACGAAUUUCCUUGCGCUCAUGGGGUACUGGGUGUCUAUCUGGAUUGCGAUCGUGCUGGAGGAGCACUUCAUCUUUCGACGCAAAAUGGGCUGGAAUUGGGACUUGUGGAACCAGCAGAAGAAGCUUCCACUCGGCAUCGCUGCCUUCAUUGCGUUUGCGAUAGGCUGGGUUGGUGCGAUUCUGUUUAUGGCGCAGAUCUUGUACUAUAGCCCUAUUGCCCUGCUCGUCGGUACUUAUGGUGCGGAUAUGGGUAACUAUGUUGGAUUCGCGUGGGCUGCGCUGGUGUACCCUCCUCUGAGGACGUUGGAGAUCAAGAAGUUUGGGAGGUGAGCACCAGACAUGACCGUCGUAAGUCACGACUGUAAGUGAGCUGCAAAAGAGUGAUCCCAGGGGUGUCAGAAUGGUUCCGGUGACACUGUGCACUCUAAGUAGAACGAGUGCAAAAUGUUGUCUUUCGCUCACCACGCCUUCCUCGUAUGCACGGCUCGGCGCCUUCACCUUGAGUCCUGGUCACAACUCAUAAACCUUCGACUUCAACCUCAACGAUUACCCUGAUAUCGUCCUCGCCCACGCAUUGCUUCUAUCCAAACCGCGCUCGUCAUCAUACGCUCGAGCGCCAACAUGCCCUCC